CUUCGCAAAUGGGCCUCAUGGCAUGUGCCUGCAUUUGCGUUGCAGUCUUCGGAUGGAGUCGCUGUCGGGUCUCCUUGCACCGAUCAAGAAGCCGAUAUUGCGGUUGAAGAAUUUCCAGUGCUUCAUCUGGCCUUGACCACCCGUGGUGCCAUUCUAGACCUCUUCAAGCGCUUGGAACUGGAGCAUGGCCAGAUAUUUGUAUGCACUUCAUCCUUAAAAAUGAGCCAAAUUUAG